AAGAAAAGGAAGAGAAGAAAAAUAUUAAUGGCAAAUCCAUCUACACCCUUGCACAUCUCAGCUUCUCUUGGCGAUCUUGAUGCAACCAAAAGACAUUUAGCUUCAGAUCCUCGAUCUGCCACAGCAGUGGACUCUGGCGGCCGCACAGCUCUUCAUCUCGCCGCUUCCGAGGGGCACAUGGAUAUCGUCAAAGUGUUGUUGACAGCAAAUGGAGAAGCUUGUUUGAAGCUUGUUUGAAGGCUGAUGAAAGAGGGAGAAUCCCUCUCCAUUUGGCUGCAAUGAGAGGGCAAGUUGAGGUUAUGGAAGAGUUGAUAAGCCAAAAGCCUCGGUCGAUUCUUGAGAAAAAGCAUGGAUGUACAGUUUUACACUUGUGUGCUAGGUAUAAUCAUCUCGAUGCUCUGAAAUUAUUGCUGGAAUCGACUGAUAUUGACGAUAAGUUUAUCAACUCUACUGACCCUAACAAUGAGACAAUAUUGCUUACAUCUGCCAGGCUAAAACAAUUUGAGAUGGUGUCCUACUUGGUUUCUCACCCCCGAAUAUCAGUUGAUUCAAAAUCUCUUGCAAAAGCAUUUGGGUUUGAGAAUCCUCCGAAUGAUGAUCAAUAUGAAAAACUAAGAGGCAAUUUGAUGGUGGUGGCCUCUCUGAUUGCGCAAAUGAGUUUCCAGGUAGCAACAAAUCCUCCAGGUGGGUUCUGGCAGGUUAACACCAAAAAGUUUGAUGAAGGUUGCCCCAAGGGCUCCGGAAUAUGCAAAGCUGGAACUUCAGUAUUAGCAUACACUAGUAAAAGGGAUUACCACAUGUUUACAGCUUGCAGCACCCUUUCUUUUGUGGCAUCACUGAGCGUAAUCCUUUUGCUUAUUAGUCAAGUUCCUCUCCGAAAUAAGUUUUUUGUUGGGAUUUUGAUCAUUGGCAUGUGGAGUUCAGUCACAUUAAUUGCAGGUGCCUACAUUUUCUCAAUGCGCAUGGUUCAGAUGCAAACUGACGAUGAAAUAUUUUCUCGUGUAUUCUCGCUUGCUCCCAUCUUUUUGGCUUGGUUGAUUUUUUCUUUAGUUUCUUAUCAUGUAUUUCAAUUUGGAAUCUGGCUGAUAUUUCACAAGAACGAUGCCAUUGAUAAGAGCUGUGAAAUUUUGGAUUCCCUGGUGAAGAAGAUGAAGAAUUUGAAAUCCAAUGCUGUGAACACGCUAAAGAAUUUGAAAUCCAAUGUUGUGAACAAGCUAAAGAAUUUGAAACCCCAUGUGUGCUGCCAAGAACAGAGGCCUACAGGAACCGUCGUCUAAGAGGGAGGAGAUGUACUACACCUUCCUGUUUAAUUUCGCUUAUUAUUUGAAGUGUGUUUAACAUGUAUGGUAGGUUUUGUUUCUUUCUUUAUUUUGUUGACGUUCUGUAAUAUAUUAUCAAACACUUAUUUCUAAUCAAUUAGCGAGUUAACGAGAA